AUGUUUUUAGGUCUCUGGCUGAUCCUCUCGGGAUCCAAGCGUAUCAUCAACGCUCAUUCCCGCCAUUUCCUGGCUCUCUCCGUCCUCUUCCUUCUUCCUCUCUGCUUCUCCGCCACCGUUUACCCCUCCGUCAUCCGCCUCCUCUCCGACCAUUCCGCCGCUCCCGAUAGCGUUUCCCUCCUCCGCAGCGGCCGCGAGUACGAUCCACGCGCCGCCACAUCGGAGACGGUGAUUUUGCUGUCGAUAGCUUACACCGUCGUGGCCACCGUCUUCAAUCUCUUGGCUAUUGGUUCGAUCACGUACAGUGUGUUCCAGGGAUUCUACGGUCGACCUGUGAAGCUUUUGUCCGCCAUUAAAUCGGGUCUCGCUUCGUUUUUCCCUCUUCUGGCUACUCUAAUUCCAGUCCAAAUUAUCAUGUUCUGGAUUUUAGCGAUUCUAGGGCUUUUGGCAUUCGUUCUGAUUCGGGGAUUUCAAUUCAUCGGCCUUGAAAUCAAUUUCUCCUCGCCUUAUUUCCUCGCUCUCUGCGCCGUUUUGGCGAUUGUCUUCGUCGCAAUCGUGAUCAAGCUAUAUGUGAAUUGGAUCCUAGUGUGGGUAAUCGUUGUGGUUGAAUCGAAGUGGGGGUUUACGCCAUUGAAGAGGAGCAAAAGCUUGAUCAAGGGGAUGAGAGGCGUCUCCCUGUCUAUCAUCCUCUUCUUCGUCCUCAUCGAAUCGGUUCUGAUAUGGAGCAGCUCCAUGGCCUCUGCUACACAACAAAUCGGCGGCAGCGACACAACGCGGUGGAGAAACGCGUGCUUCAUCAUCCAGACCGCGAUCGCGUCUGCGUUUCUGACGCUCCUUUCACUGUACAACAUAGCAGCGAACACGGUGAUGUACAUGUACUGCAAGGCGAUUCAAGGAGAACUUGCGUUUGAGAUCGCGGAGGAGUUCGCAAGAGAAUACGUGAGCUUGCCCUUUGAUGAUGGUAAAGUCCCUCACUUUGUCACUGUAAAUUACAACGUUUGAUCAUCUUUCAAGACAGAUACUGAUGUAUUUGGAGUUUCGAUCUUGUUGUUUGCUGUUUCUGGGUUUCAAGCUUCUUGUCCGAAAAAAAAAAUCUAGCCUUUCUCUGUACAAAAAAAAAAGUUUAUACAUGGAACGUGUUGUACUCUCUGAACUCGUGGAAUGAGCAUUUUCUUACACCA